UAAAUCAUUAGCAUAUAUCCAUUAUUGUUAUUCAGAAGCAUUGGAAUAAUUUCAUUUACUAAUGUGCUGCUUGGGUUUUGUUUUUAUUACUUUCAGGUGAUCAAGCACGUAAUUUUUUCUUACAAUCAGGUCUGCCGGCCCCUGUUUUAGCUGAAAUAUGGACUUUAUCAGACCUAAACAAGGAUGGGAAGAUGGAUCAGCAAGAGUUCUCCAUAGCUAUGAAACUCAUCAAACUGAAGCUUCAAGGCCAGCAGUUGCCUGUGGUUCUCCCUCCUAUUAUGAAGCAACCCCCUUUGUUUUCUCCAUUAAUUUCUGCUCGUUUUGGAAUGGGAAGCAUGCCCAAUCUGUCCAUUCCUCAGCCAUUGCCUCCAGCUGCACCUAUAACAUCAUUGUCUUCUGCGACUUCAGGGACCAACCUUCCUCCUUUAAUGAUGCCCACUCCCCUAGUGCCUUCUGUUAGCACAUCAUCAUUACCAAAUGGAACCGCCAGUCUCAUUCAGCCUUUAUCCAUUCCUUAUUCUUCUUCAACAUUGCCUCAUGGGUCAUCUUAUAGUCUGAUGAUGGGAGGAUUUGGAGGUGCUAGUAUACAGAAAGCCCAGUCUCUGAUUGAUUUAGGAUCUAGUAGCUCAACUUCCUCGACUGCUUCACUCUCAGGGAACUCACCCAAGACUGGGACCUCAGAGUGGGCAGUUCCUCAGCCUUCAAGAUUAAAAUAUCGGCAAAAAUUCAAUAGUCUUGACAAAAGCAUGAGUGGAUAUCUCUCAGGUAAGCAGCAUACAGUGCCGAAGAGCGUGAAAAGGAGCCUUUUAUGUGGACUUCCAUUAAAGAACUCUCAUUUGAAUUUAUAUUGUGUAGCUCAUCUGACAUUUUAACAUCCAAAAAAUUUAGCCAGCAUUUGAUAAAUACAAAUACCUUAAGUUGUAUAGGAUUUAAAGAUCGAUUCAACUUGAUUACUUUCUUCAAAGUUUUUACUCAAGUCAGGCACUCAGAUAUACCCCCAGCUUUUUGGCAAAAGACCUGUUCUUUAAGAAGAUCAAACCUCAUCCUCUACGGUUUGCAGCGAAUGGAGAGCCCUGGGUCACAAGGGAGAGUGUGUGGAACUUAGCCUCAGCUCGCUUUUCCUGAGAAUCCUCCUCUGCAUUCGGCUUUUUCUCUGCUUGCCCUUACUAUUAUAAAACCUCAGGUGAGCACUGCUCACCAUUCAAUGCUUUAACCCAAAUGUGACUGUAAAACUUGGCUUUAGUUUGCUAUAAAACAUUUGAGUCCAGGCUAGAACAUCAUCCAAACUACUAAUUGAGAACAGUGAAGGGGACAUAAACAGAGGGUAAUAGGCAAGUAGAGUUCCUACCUUCUAACUUGCCCACUCCUUCACUCAGCAAGAAAUUAUGAUUUAGGACCGAGUAAAAUAAGUGUUUAAAAAUAAUAGAGCUUUAAGUGCUAAGGAGCAUAGAGUGGGAGAUAUUAAAGAUGAAGAGUUCAGAUGAGAUAUCUUACAGGAAGGGAGCAUUUAAGCUCCAUAAAAACGUUAGGAUUUGGACAGAUUGAAUGUGAGGGCAUUUGAUGGUGACAAGAAAUUAAGAGGGAAAAGUACAUGGCCUAUUUGGAGAUUGAAAGUAUGAAAUAGGAGUCUAGGGUCUAUAGUUGUACAGAGAGGCAAGGGAACAGGAAGUAAGACUUUUGGAAUUGAUUAGACAAGCAAAAAUAUAUAGUAUUUUAUUUAAAGAUACAUACCUAUGUGUUAACUAUUUUUUAAAGCAAGAGAAUUACGCAUGCAAAAUUCAGGGUAGUGGUUACCUCUUGUGGAAGCAUGUGGAUAAAGUUAAGGAACACAGAUCGAUUCAAGGCAUUUAUUAGUAAUCUAGUUCUUAAGAUGGGUGGUAGGUUCAUGGGUGACUUAUACUUCUUAGCUUAUAUAUGCGCUUUGUAUUUUUACAUGUAUUUCAUGUUACAUAACUAAGAUUUUCUGUAAUUUUAUCAAAUUACAUGAAACAGUGCUUUUUUUUGACAUUUUUUUACAUUUUAAUGUCUCUAAAAUUAGAAUGUGUGCUACAAUUAGUGAUGUCUUAGCACUGUGUCAUGGUUUUAUUAGCUUCUUUUACAUAAAAUGAUAUAGCCAGUGGGAUCUUAGAUUCGGUGAAAUAUGGUAUUGAACUAUACUAGAGAUUAAUGUAAAGUCAUAAUUGCUAUUCUUUGAAAAAAUGAACUUCUUUGUACCCUACAUUUUGCAUUUUAAAAGUUUCUUUUGGCCAGGUGUGGUGGCUCACACCUGUAAUCCCGGCAUUUUGGGAGGCUGAGACAGGCAGAUCAU